UUCCCCCCUUGCUUAUUUUCAUAUUUUAUAGAACUCAUUCACGUAAGAAGUUAGGUUGUGAAUUUGUGUAUGCUUCGAAAUAUUUUUAUUCUUAUAUUCUUAUCAUCUCGAUGUUAUUGUUUGUAGGAUUUAGAAUCAUAAAUCAUACUUCUGGUGUUCAUAAAAUAUGAAAAUCUUGAUUAUAUUGCAAAUAAUCAAUUAAUUAACGGGUUUUUUUAAUUAAUAUUUAGGGCGUACUAUAGUGUAGUUUUUUUAUUUUAAUUUGUACUAUUGUAUUUGUAUAUUACAUAGUGGAUUCUUGUCCCUUUUGACACUAUAAUUUGUUAAUAAAUUUUAUUUAAUGUAAUAAGUCCUGCUCUCAACUACCUUAUCGACCGUACGGUAUCAUAGUUCGACAACCUGCUACAUCUCAUUCAAGCGCUGCUAGUUCUGUGUAAUAUAGCCGCAACUGUCAACACGUGUACUAAUGUGUUCAAGUGUUAAUAUAAUCAUUUAAUUAUAUAGUUAAAAUAAAGUUCAUCAUGCAGUGAGUAACUGUGGAAUAACUGUGUCUCACGUUUCAUCGACAGUAUUGACAACAAAGGAAUAUUACCACGUCUUAUCUCCGUUAGCAGUCUAACAUCGCAUCGUUAUCCAGUGUUAUACAUGAAAUGGCGGAUCAUCUAUCUACUACGACGAGCAUCGAGGUUAUAUGGACUCUUAAUGUUCCAUGAAGUACAAAGUUCCAUCGAAGAGCUCUUCACUCUCAGCGGCUAUAUCAAUGGGAUUUUUAGGAAUCAGCAUUUUUUCUGCAUGGUUUUCAAGAGCAUACUGUGCAUCAUUCAAUUCUUCAUCACAACCCUAGCAUUUACUGGUCAUUUCUUUAUUUAUCUUUUCAUGAAUUUUCAACCUCAAAAUGUCACUUCAAAAUAGGAAACGAAGAGCAAUUUGCUACAAUUCAGAAACAGACUCGGAAGUCGAAAAUGACUUAACCAAAAACAAACGUGAUAGGAAGAAUGGAAAAAAAUUGAGAACACUAAGUUUGUCCGAAUCAGAAGAUUCCGAUGUUCACGGAGAGACGACACGUGGAAAAAUAAUCUGGUCAUAUGAAAAUUUGAAACCCCAAAUGCAUAAAUUUGAUUCCCACAAUUCUGGCAUGACAAUCCAGCUUAAUCGAUCUGCAACUCCGAUCGAUUAUUUCCAACUAUUUUUCUCUGAAGAAUUAGUGUCAUUUAUUGCAGAAAAAACGAAUGAAUACCGCAAAUUCAAGAUGGACAAUUUUAAGCGCUCUUUUCUAAAACCUCACGAAAGAGAAACAACAUUGAGUGAAAUAUACAAUUUCUUUGUAAUUCGUUUACUAAUGUCGCGAGUAAAGAAAUUACAUUUUUCUGAAUAUUGGACAAAGGAUAAAUUUUUGCGAACCGAUGUUUUUGGCAAAAUUAUGAAUAGAGAUAGAUACGUUUUUCUAUUACGCAUUCUUUACUUCAGUAAAAUUGAGUUAGUUAAUUCCGAUAGACUGAUAAAAAUUAGAGAAUUUUGUAAUAAGCUCCGUCGUUCUUUUCAAAAUUGCUUUAUUCCAUUCCGCCAUUUAUGCGUGGAUGAAAGUUUAUUGCUAAAGGGACGGUUAUCAUUCCAGCAGUUUAUCCCGUCCAAACGGAAUAGGUUUGAUAUCAAGUCUUUUGUAUUGUGCGACUGCAAAACGGGAUUCGUACUAAAUUUUGUUGUAUAUGCGGGCAGCGAUUCCGAAAUAACAAAAAUGAACGAAAAAUAUCUAGGAAAAUCGGCUGAGGUUGUACUCACAUUAUUGAAUUCAUAUUUAGGUAAGGGGCACACAUUGUUUGUUGACAACUGGUAUACCAGCCCGACCUUAUUCAGUUAUUUACAUGAUAAUAAAACUAACGCGUGCGGCACUGUAAAGUCGCGAAGAAGAAAAAUGCCUGUAAUGAAGGAAAAACUAGACAAAGGUGAAAUAUGCUUCCGAUCAUCGCCUAAUAUGCUCGCUCUCAAGUGGCAAGACAAACGGGAGGUAUAUAUGUUGUCAACUUCCCACUCCGCGGAUUAUAUAAAUACUAAAAAAAUAAACUAUCGGACCGGAGAAAUUAUUCAAAAACCGUCUUGUAUUGUUGAUUACACUGCCAAUAUGGGUGUAGUCAACAAUAGGGACAAAGUUAUAUCGAGUGUACAAUCAGUCCGAAAAAGUGUCAAAUGGUAUAAAAUAUACUUUUUCCAUCUGCUUGAUGUGGCAAUCUGGAACGCGUAUUGUUUAUAUAAGCUUCAAGAAAAAGAAAAAGUAACAAUGCGAGCGUUUCACCUUAGAUUACUUAAAGAAAUUUUCGAAAAAUUCGGUUAUACGAAUAACGUUAGCUCUAACAAAUCUAUCGCUGAUCAUCCCUUCAGACUAAGUGGGAGACAUUUUCCAUCGUACUGUAGGUCCACAAGAUCUAAAAAAGCGUUACGAAACUGUAUCGUAUGUUCGAAGAAUGAUGUAAGACGAAGAUCGCGCUAUGAGUGUGAAGAUUGUAACGUAGGUCUAUGUGUCAUACCGUGCUUUAAAAUAUAUCACACUCAAUUGUAUUAUUAAUUAUUAAAGUAAAUUAUUAACCUCUUAGGUAUGGCUGAAUUUUGCACGGGGCUGUUUCUCUGUAUGGCUGAGUUUGACGCGAAUUAUGCUUAAACGAUACAGUACCGCAAUGUAUGACAGAUAAUGCUGUUCUCUACGCAAGCACAUUGGAAUGAAGUUUUUGAUAACUAAAUUAUAAUUUUUCUUAAAGACGUGAUGCAUAUACUUUAACUUAUAACUAAUACUAGCUGUGUAUUUAUUGUUUAUUCUUUUUAUGCUAUUAUUUUGAUCGUUAAACGUAACAAGUUUAUAAACUGACAAUUGACAUACAGAAAUAGUAGCAUGACGAUCAGUACAUGGAGGUAAGGAGGAUUAAGUGGUGAGGUGAAGAACAAUUAUACUUUCCUAUACUUCUGAGAAAUCGCUCACGAAGUUAUCUCAUGCUAAGCCAAAGUUUGUGUGACUCAGGGGGUCGCUAGCCGUUUGUCAAUUGAGCCCUACAGAAAAUCGGGAUUUUUGUAAAUGCUGUUGAGGUUAACACGAAAACUUCGCAAGAAAAUAAACAUGGAUAUGUUUCUAAUUGCAGCAACGGAUAAAAAAGACAGCUCCUCGAAAAUAGCUUCGCUGGCGCGUAUAUCGUAAGUCGUAUUGACUGUUGCAAAGCGUUAAUUCGUGACCAAAAUUAAAUUUCACAAUUUCAAUUUAAAAACAUUUUCUUUUUUUUUUUAAUGAAUUCACGACCCCCAAAGCUCAAAAUUCACACAUUUCUUCUUUUAGAUGUUUCUAUGACUAUAUAUAGGAUUAUGCAAACACAAUAAUAAAAUUGACAUUAGCUGUUUUCAUUAUUCAUUAUUGUUAAAAUAAGUAUUAACGAAUGACAAUUAAUUGUUAUUUAAAAAAUGGAUACGUUUUUAUUAUUUUCUAUUAACCCUUUGCACUCGGAGCCAUUUCGCGGCUUAUCUGCCAGUAACUCACCGAUGUCCUUCCAGAAAAGUGUGUGAACAGGAAUCGUGUCAUAUUCAAAUAGUUUAACUUCAGAAUCUAGUAAUUUAUUCUCAUGUCUGGUUUAUUAGAUAUUAAGAAACAUAUUUAUAACAAAAAAAUUACAAUUUUGUAUCUUACAUUUUUUCAACGAGUAGUAAGGUAUACCGAUAUGCAUCGCAAGCUCCUUGAUAUACGUUGAAUAAAAGUAAUUUGCUUAGCGUCUACCA